AUGAGUAAGGAACAAUAUCACGAUCAAGAAGUAUUGUUGGAGGCUCAAAAUAAUGAUGAAAUUUUGAAGGAAAAUAAGUUCAGAUGGGUUAUGUUCCCAAUAAAGUACAAAACAUUUUGGAGUUAUUAUAAAGAAAUUGAAUCUCUCUUUUGGACUGCUGAGGAUUAUAAUUUUGAUAAAGACAAGCAAUAUUUAGAAAAUAUUGAUAAAAACAUGUUGGUUAAAUUAUUUGAACUUAUAUGCUUUUACAGUUUAAAAGAUUUACAUGUUUAUGAAGAACAAGCUCUUAUUACCAGUAAAAUGUUAGAUAUUAUCCAGAUACCUGAAGGAAGAGCUUUUUAUGGUUUUCAAAUGUGUAUGGAGAAUAUACAUGAUGAAGUAUAUGCUUGUAUAUUCGAAACAUAUAUUCCUGAUUCAAAGCAGAAAAAAGUAAUAAUAAAUAAAGUUAUUGCAUUAGACAGUGUUUUAAAAAAACAGAAAUGGUUAACUGAAAUAUUCGAAUCGAAUAUCCCAUACUAUAAUAAACUUGUUCUUCUUUAUAUUUCUAAAGUUCUUUUUAAUGGUACUUUAAAUAUAUUAAUUGGUUAUUGCAAAGAAAAUUCUAUACUUCCUUGCUUAUGUAAUGUUCAUGAAAAAAUUCAUAGAGAUGAAUAUCUUCAUGGAGAUUUUUCCGUUAUGUGUUGUAACCAUUUAGUCAAUAAAUUAAAAUAUGAACAUGUCUUAGAUUAUUUUAAAAUGGCUGUUGAUUUAGAAUAUCAAUUUUCAUUGGAAAUGUUAGAACUCAAUGUUCUUAAAAUAAAGAAACAAGAAGUAAGAGCAUUCUUAGAAUAUUUAGCAGAUACUAUGUUGACUAAUCUAAACUACCCAAAACAUUAUAAUUCCAAGUAUCCAUUUAGUUGGCCCGAAUUUACAAAAAUUGUUGUUAAUGAGAACGAAAAGACAGAAACUGUUAAGAAAGGGGAAAAUAUAUAUGGAGAAAAACAAAUAUUAUUUGAUGAAGAUUUUUAA